AUGGAAGCGGCCAGAUCGGGCGACCCCGCCCGCGUCGCCGCUCUGCUGGAUCAGGGCGCCGACGCUCGGGCCGCCGAGCCGGACGGCACCACCGCACUGCACUGGGCGGCGCGCGUCGCAGCGGCGGAGGUCGUCGAGCACCUGCUCGCGGCCGGGGCCGACCCGGAGCGGGCGAACCGCUACGGCAUCACCCCCCUGGCGCUCGCGGCGGAGAGCGGCGAGCCGGCCAUCGUCGGCGCGCUGCUGGCGGCCGGGGCCGACCCCAACACCGCCACCCCCGCGGGCGAAACCGUUCUGAUGGUAGCCGCUCGGACCGGGCGCGUCCCGGUCCUCGAUCGGCUGCUCGCCGCCGGCGCGACGGUCGACGCCACCGAGAGCUGGCGGGACCAGACCGCGCUCAUGUGGGCCGCCGCCGAGAACAACGCCGAUGCGGUCCGGCGGCUGCUCGCGGCCGGGGCCGGCGUCGAGGCGCGCUCGGGCGCCGGGCUGACUCCGCUGCUGUUCGCGGUGCGGGAGGGCCAUAUCGACGCGGUCCGGGCCCUGCUGAACGGCGGCGCCGACGUCAACGCCGGGGUGAACAACACGACGGCAAGCACCGGCUCGUACACACCGGCCGCAACCGGCCAUACGACGCCGCUCGCGCUGGCCAUCGUCAACGCCCACUACGAGUUGGCCGCGACCCUGCUCGAGGCGGGAGCCGAUUCGAACGCCUAUGACGCGCGCGGUACGUUACUGCACGCGCUGGCCUGGAUCCGCCGCCCCGGCUCGGGCCGCCCGCCGGCGCCAACGGGGAACCUGGACAGCCUCUACUUGGCGCGGCGACUGCUCGCGCAGGGCGCCAAUCCCAACGUGCGCAUCGCGUGGCGGGAGAUCCCGUUCGAGGUGGAUCUGGGCAUCGUCAAGCCGCCGCCGAACAUCUCGGUGGGCCGCAACUUCAUCAGCUUCGUCGGCGCCACGCCGUUCUACCUGGCCGCCAAGCACGCGGACCUGGAGCUGAUGAAGCUGCUGGUGGACUACGGCGCCGACCCGCUGACGCCGACCGGGCAGGGCGUGGACUCCGCUGAUGGCGGCGGCCGGCCUGGGGUUCUGGGACGGCGAGAGUCCGGGUCCGCUCAACGGCACCCCCGAGCGCGUGCGGCUCGAGGCACUGAAGAUGACCCUCGCCCUCGGCAACGACCUGCAUGCGGUUGCCGACUUCGGCGACACGGAGAUCGAAGGCGACGGGGUGGACCUGCUGCUGCGCCACCCGCUGAACCUGCUGGAGCUGGACGCGCAGCGCGACCGGGGCGACAUGCGCUGGGGCGGCUGCACGGCGCUGCACGGCGCCGCGAUGAUGGGCUCGAACCUGAUCGUCCAGUACCUGAUAGAGCAGGGUGCUGA